AUGGCUUCUGCUGCUGCUCGGACUCUUCGCAUUGGUCUCAUCCCCGGAGACGGUAUCGGACGGGAAGUUAUCCCGUUUGCUGACCGUGGCACAAUUGAUGCAAUACAGGCCGGCCGUAAGAUUCUGGAGUCUCUCCCCUCGUCGCUGAAUCUCAACUUCAGCUUCGUUGACCUGGAUGCCGGUUUCGGUGCCUUCGAGCGCACCGGCUCCGCUCUGCCCGACAAGACCGUCGACACCCUGAAGAAGGAGUGUGAUGGUGCUCUUUUCGGUGCUGUCAGCUCCCCGAGCACCAAGGUCGCCGGCUACUCAUCCCCCAUUGUUGCUUUGCGCAAGAAGCUCGACCUGUACGCCAACGUGCGCCCUGUCAAGACCACCGCCGGCAGCAGCAACGGCAAGCCAAUUGACCUCGUCAUCGUUCGUGAAAACACCGAGGACCUGUAUGUGAAGGAGGAGCGGACAACAGAGGGCCCUGACGGCAAGGUCGCCGAGGCCAUCAAGCGUAUCUCCGAGCGGGCCUCAUUCCGCAUCUCCACAAUUGCCGGUGAGAUUGCUCUCCGUCGUCAAAAUAUCCGCAGCUCCGCCUCCGGUCUCAUCACCCGCGCUGAGCCUAUGGUUACCAUCACCCACAAAUCGAACGUUCUGUCACAGACCGACGGCCUGUUCCGUGAGACUGCCCGCAAGGCUCUCGCCGACCAGAAGUUCUCUUCCAUCCACGUUGAGGAGCAGAUUGUGGACUCCAUGGUCUACAAGCUUUUCCGCCAGCCUGAAUACUACGAUGUUAUCGUUGCUCCUAACCUGUACGGUGACAUUCUGUCUGAUGGUGCUGCUGCGCUUGUCGGCAGUCUGGGUCUUGUUCCUAGCGCUAACGUCGGUGACAACUUUGCUAUCGGUGAACCCUGCCACGGCAGUGCCCCCGACAUUGAGGGCAAGGGCAUUGCCAACCCUAUCGCUACCCUGCGUAGUGUUGCUCUGAUGCUUGAGUUCUUGGGCGAGCCCAACGCUGCCGCCAAGAUUUACACUGCUGUCGAUGCUAACCUUGAUGAGGCCAAGUUCCUCUCCCCCGACAUGGGCGGCAAGGCUACCACCCAGGAGGUCCUGGAUGAUGUUCUUAAGAGAUUGUAA